AUGUCAAGUGAAGCACCAACAAUCUCUAUAACUAUUCAUGAAGCACGAAACUUACCUCAAAAUAAAGGAAAACUUCUUGGAUUCUAUGUCCGAUGUAAAAACAAUUUCAAUGGGAAAAUUUUUCAAACAUCAACAAAAGAAGGUACUAAUACUCCUUCAUGGAAUGAAACAUUUGAAAUUAAUGAAAGUAAAAAGAUAAAAACUGAAAAAGAAUUAUAUUUUCAUGUAUGGAUGAAUUCAUUCUUCAAAGAAUCUAUUGGAACAUUAACAAUUCAAAUAACAAAGAAUAAGUUUGAAGAUAAAUGGUAUGUAUUAGAAGUAGAUAAAAAAUGGAUUAAAGAAAUUAAUAAGGCAGAAAUACGAAUUAGCAUUAACCAACUUAAUUUUAAAGAAGAAGAACAAAAAGAAAUAAAAAAAGAAAAAGAUUCAUCAUUAAUUAUUAAUGAUAAUGAAAACUUAAGUUUUGAAGAAUUUAAAUCCAAAUAUAAUAUAAUUGGAAAUAAUGAAUUAGGAGAAGGAGCAUUUUCAAUUGUAGUUCCAGGAGAAAUAAUUAAAACAAAAGAACGAGUUGCAAUAAAAAAAAUAACAAAAAAAGAUAUUCCAGAAGAUCAAUUAGAAAUGGUUAAAAGAGAAAUUCAAUUAAUGAGACAAUUACAUCAUAAAAAUAUUGUAGAAUUAUUUGAUGUGUAUGAAAAUAAUGAAAUAUUAUAUCUUAUAUUAGAAUAUGUUGAAGGUGGAGAAUUAUAUGAUAGAUUAGUUCAAGGAGUAUUAAAUGAAAGACAAGCUGCAUGUGUAUUAUACCAAUUAGUAUCAGCAAUAACUUAUCUUCAUAAAAAUAAUAUAGCACAUCGAGACCUUAAACCAGAAAAUAUAUUAUGUGUAUAUAAAAAUAAAUUGUAUAUUAAAAUAGCUGAUUUUGGAUUAUCAAAAGAUUUUUCUACUUCAUUACUUCAAACAUGUUGUGGAACACCAUCAUAUGUUGCUCCUGAAAUUAUUAAAGGAGAAUGUUACACUUGUCAAUGUGAUAUUUGGUCAAUAGGAGUAAUAACAUAUUUAGUUUUAAGUGGAAAUUUACCAUUUUAUGAUGAAAAUGAAGAAAUUAUUUUUGAUAAAAUAUUAGAUGGACAAUAUGAUUUUAGUUCAACUAUAUGGCAAACAAUUAGUAUUAAAGCAAAAGACUUUAUUGUUAAAUGUUUAAAUGAAAAUCCUAAUGAAAGACCAACAUCAUUUGAUUUACUUAAACAUUCAUGGUUAUCUAAUGCACAAGUUAGACUUGAUACAGAAGAAGAAAUGGGUGAUGAAAAUAAUAAAUUUAUGUUUGAACAAGCAUGUGGAUAUGUUGCAAAACAAGGAAAGACAAUGGGUUAA